GUGAGGGCAAAGGGCAAGAGCGGCUCUGGAAUUCUAUACAGGCAGCGCUGCAGACACCCAAAGUGACGCAAUCUCCGCGCGAGGCGGGGCGGGGCUCCCCGAGGACCUCAUCCUGAAGAGAUUACCUGGGGAGCGGAAGCCGUCAAUAGAAAAGCGGCGGCUUGAGGCGCAGGGGCUUCCGGUGGGUGUUUUUCCUCUGUUCUCCAGUACCUUGGCAACGGCCGGGGUCAGGGACCGCAGGUUUGCACUGGCUGGGAGGUCGAUCUGAGCGGCCGGAGCAGGGGAGUAGAAUGAAACUGAAGACCAAAUUAACCUCUUGGAACUCACAAAAUAAUUGGUAGGGCCGGACAAGAAUCCAACCCCUUAACUGCAGAGACCAGAGAUCUUUCUAUUACAGUCUUGGAAAAGGAUCCUCAGAUCUUUGCAAAUUAACUUGUGGAAAAAAUGCCUAAAGUCAAAAGAAGCCGGAAAGCUCCCCCAGAUGGCUGGGAGUUGAUCGAGCCAACACUGGAUGAAUUAGAUCAAAAGAUGAGAGAAGCUGAAACGGAACCUCAUGAGGGAAAGAGGAAAGUGGAAUCGCUGUGGCCCAUUUUCAGGAUCCACCACCAGAAAACCCGCUAUAUCUUUGACCUCUUUUACAAGCGGAAAGCCAUAAGCAGAGAACUAUAUGAAUAUUGUAUUAAAGAAGGCUAUGCAGACAAAAACCUGAUCGCAAAAUGGAAAAAGCAGGGUUAUGAGAAUUUGUGCUGCCUGCGCUGCAUUCAGACACGGGACACCAAUUUUGGGACAAAUUGCAUUUGCCGGGUUCCCAAAAGCAAGCUGGAAGUGGGCCGCAUCAUUGAGUGCACACACUGUGGCUGCCGUGGCUGCUCUGGCUGAGGCCCUUGGGCACUGACCCCUCGACCCUGGACUUCAGACUUCACAGGUUUCUGCCUAUUGUGCCACCCCCUUUCCUGGGAGCAGCUCUUCUUGCAGAGCAGUGCCCUGGGCCCGAGUUAGAGCAUGGUCUCUACAGGUGAAGGCUUCAGUAUUCAUCAGGUGUGAUUUGUAAAAAUAAAACCUUUAAACCUCUAAA